CCCCCAGGCCCACCCCCGCCCCCGCCGGGAGGGCACAAUCCUCUUGCCAAGCAGGCCUCCCUACGCGCCACCUGCCUCGUCCUGCCCAUCGCCAGUGCCAGGCCCGGAGGCCCGGGAGGGGUGGUGGGAUGGGGAGGGGCGGCUGCCACUCAAGCUUCGUGUCUCUCUUUGUCGUCUCCAGGGCCCCAGAUCGGGGGUCCGGCCCCCGGGCCCCACCCCAGCAGGCUCGCCCACUCCAGCCUGGGCCCCAUGACCUCUCGGAGGGCUGGGCUGUAGCAUGGCGGCGCCCCGGAUCCAGGUGGAGGCCCCGGAAGAUGGGGAGGGGCCCGGGUCGACCCCUGCCCCGGGGGGUCACCUUCGCAGCCUCAAGACCCUGACGGAGAAGCUGCGGCUGGAGACUCGGCGCCCAUCCUACCUGGAGUGGCGGGGGCGGCUGGAGGGGAGUGCCCGGCCGGGCCCUGACUCCGACUCGGACCCCGGCCCCAGCCCACCCGGGGACCAGCGGCCCCCACCCGCCUCGGCCCCGCUGGUCGGCUUCCAGAGCGUGGGCGAGGCCCUGGGUUGGCUCAAGAAGGAGCUGGCGGAGAUGCGCGUGCAGGACGAGCAGCUGGCCCGGCAGCUGAUGCGCCUGCGCACGGACAUCCACCAGCUGAAGAUCGAGCAGACCUGCCACCUGCACCGGCGGAUGCUCAACGACGCCACCUACGGGCUGGAGGAGCGGGACGAGCUGUCCGACCUCUUCUGCGACUCGCCGCUCGCCUCCUCCUUCAGCCUGUCCGCCCCGCUCAAGGUCAUCGGGGUCACCAAGAUGAACAUCAACUCCCGCAGGUUCUCCCUCUGCUGACCGCGGCGGCGCCAGGACCAGCCUCAGCCGGGGCACCAGGGCAGAACUGUGGGCAUCUGGUCAUAACGAUAACGAUGAGGAUGGUAUUUGUUAAGCGCUUUCCCUGUGCCAACCACUGUGCUAAGCGCUGGGGGGAAUACAAGGU